GACCAAGAGCAUUGUUUUAUAUUGCAUGCUAUUGUUGUCGAAGCCAUUCCACCAAACAAGCUCGCGAUCGCCGAUCAUACAACGAUGACCGAGCCGCAGCCGUACGCCGACCGCCGGCGAACUCCCCAUAUCGUCUUCCUCGCAAGCUCCGGGAUGGGUCACCUCAACCCCUUCCUGCGCCUCGCGGCCCAGCUCUCCGCCCGCGACUGCCGCGUCUCCCUCUUGACCACCCAUCCCACGGUCUCCGCCGCGGAGGAACGCCACAUCGACGCUUUCUUCACCGCGUUCCCCGGCGUCCGCCGCCUCGACCUCCACCUCCCACUGCUCGACCCAUCCGAGCUCAACUGCGCCGACCCCUUCACCCUCCGCUUCGAAUCCAUCCGCCGUUCGGCCCAUCUGCUCCCGCGCGUUCUCGCCGACGCCUCGCCGCCAGUUUCCGCCGCAAUCGUCGACAUCUCGGUGGCGUCCUCCUACCUCCCAGCGGUCGCGGAAAUGGGAAUCCCCAGCUACAUCCUCUUCAUCUCCUGCGCCGCGAUGCUCGCGCUCUGCGCUUACUUUCCCACCUACCUCGCCACGAAGAACACUUUCGGCGUCGGCGACAUUGAUAUCCCCGGGGUGUGGACGGUGCCGAAAUCCAGCGUCCCCGUGGUGCUGCACGACCAAAACCAGCUCUUCGCGAAGCAAUUCCUCGAGAACGGGCAAGCGCUCCCAAAAGCCAACGGCAUUUUAGUGAACACCUUGCAUGCGUGGGAGCCCGAAGCGCUCGCGGCGCUCAAUGAGGGGAAAGUGACCCCCGAUAUGCCCCCGGUGUUGGCGAUCGGGCCGCUCCUUCCGGUACCGAAGAUGAGCGUGGAAGGGGAGUCCGUCUCGGCGCCGCUCCCUUGGCUGGAUCGGCAGCCGGACAGAUCGGUGGUGUACGUGAGCUUUGGGAACCGGACGGGGAUGCAGGCGGAGCAAAUAAGGGAGUUAGGGAUCGGGUUGAAGAGGAGCGGGUUGAGAUUCCUGUGGGUGGUGAAGAGCAAGGUGGUGGAUCGGGCGGAAGUGGAGGUGGGAUUGGAGGAGCUACUGGGGGAGGAAUACCUGGCUAAGAUCAAGGACAGGGGGAUGGUGGUGAAGGAUUGGGUAGAGCAGGCGGAGAUCCUGCGGCACCGGGCGGUGGGAGGCUUCUUGAGCCACUGCGGCUGGAACUCAGUGGUUGAGGCGGCACUGUACGGAGUGAGGAUCCUGGGGUGGCCGAUGGGCGGCGACCAGAGGGUGAGCGCAGCGGCGAUGGCGCGGGGCGGAUUGGGGAUUUGGGUGGAAGGGUGGAGCUGGCAGGCAGAAGAGCCCAUAAAGGCCGAGGAGAUAAGCGAGCGGUUGAAGGAUCUGAUGGCCGUGGAGGGGCUGAGGGCGUCGGCCACGACGAUGGGAGCCGCGGCGGCAGACGUCGGAGGAACCUCCUACCAAGUGCUAACGCACUUCAUCGAGAGCUUAACGCUUUGAUUGUGUCACGCGAUCCACGAGAAGAGACUUGGCUGGUGAGAGUGCUUGUAUUAAUUAAAUAAGUCAACAACCACGGUACGGUAGAAUAGAUCGUUAUGUUGAAGUUAUUUUAGUAUCUGUUUUCAUUGGGCAUGUUAUGUUAGGUUUCCAUGCUAGUAGUCGUCCGUAGUUUAUCUCUUCUGUGUUGACUUUGGGAAGAAUUGGCGAGGGUGAAUGUGUUUACCUUUUGCCACAAUGUUAUGUUAGGUUUUCAGCAUAUCAUCAAUAAAAAGUAGGAUUAUUUUCCACUACUUAAA